AUGACAGCUCGCCCCGACGUGUCACCUCGCCACGGUCUUCCAAAGGUCGGGCGAGUCCCUCAAAGAUUACAUCGCCAAGUUCCGGCGCGAGGUCUCAGGAAAGACGGGAAGCUCUACGAGAGCAUCUAUAAAUCCCCCGUUGCGGAUCUAGGAGAGUUCUAUGAACGAGCUGCAAAGGAGAUCCGGUGGGAAGAAGCGUUCGGUUCGAAGAAGCCCGCCGGACAUAGAGAGGAAGUCGGAAGCUCUAACCGAGACAAGAAAAGGAACGACGGGGGAAAUAGUAAAGACAACCGAGGGGAGCGGUCUGACAAUCAGGUAGCCAAGCGAGCUCGGCGGGAAGAACAAGAGGACCGACCUCCGAGACAAGGCCAUUUCAACAACUAUACGGCCUUAUCAGAUUCUCAAGAAAGGAUAUUCGCCAUGGAAAGGAGAAGAGAGGAUUUCGGCAGGCCAAACCCGAUAAAGACUCCCAACAAGUUCAGAAAUAGGGAGAAGUUUUGUGCGUAUCACAACGAAGUGGGGCACGACACCUCUGAAUGUUACGCUUUGAAGGAUGCAAUUGAAGAACUGAUUCGAAGGGGCCGGCUGCAAGACUAUGUGGUGCGACCUGCAAAUCAGCCACCCCAGCAAGCGAAUCAACAACGACCGCCUCCCGAGAAUGAACGCGCACCAGCAGUUCGGACGAUCUAUACGAUCCACGGCGGUCCUCACAUCGCAGGCACAUCGAACAGGUCGCACGAAAGGUACGUACGCGAGGCUAAUCAUGUCCUAGUGGCAGGAUCUGGCGGGCAGACGGGAUCAUCAAAGUGA